GUCAAGUUUUUGAAAUGUGUCACAUAUCUCCGGGUGUUGGCCUUUAUCUUGACUUGAUAAAUAAUUUUAAAUUAAAUAUAAGCUUUAAUUUAAUGGUUUUAAGUUUUAGAAUCCCACUUUACUAAUAUUUUAUGUUUUAAAAGUUUAUUUGCUAUUAAGUUUCGAAAUACCUAACCUAAAAUGUGGAAAGCAGCCGCAGGACAUCAAAUAAAUAUUGGAAAUGUAAAUACCGAAGAUGAUGAAUGGGAAACUGAUCCAGAUUUUGUUAAUGAUGUAGAUGAACAAGAACAGAGAUGGGGUUCAGCUACUGUGCAAGGGUCUGGAAGGACAGCAGGCGCCAUAGAUAUGAACAAAUUAAGAAGAGAAACAGAAGAAGCUGACGCAAAAAAGAAGAAAAAAGAAUUUGAAGAAGGCGAACAUAAUCCAUCCUAUGGUUACGGUGGUAAAUUUGGCAUAGAAAAAGACAGAAUGGACCAAUCAGCAGUAGGACAUGAGUAUGUUAGUAAAGUAGAAAAACACGCAUCCCAAAAAGAUUACAGUACAGGUUUUGGUGGAAAAUUUGGAAUACAAUCUGAUAGAAUUGAUAAGAGUGCUGUUAGUUGGGAUCACAAGGAAAAAGUUGAAAAACAUGGUUCUCAAAAAGACUAUGUUGCCGGUUUUGGAGGAAAAUUUGGAUUACAAACAGACCGGCAAGAUAAAUCAGCUGUUGGCUGGGAUCAUGUUGAAAAAGUUGAAAAACAUGAGUCGCAAAAAGAUUAUAAAACUGGUUUUGGUGGCAAAUUUGGUGUCCAAGCAGAUAGACAAGACAAAUCAGCAGUUGGGUGGGACCAUCACGAAGCCCCUCAAAAACAUGAAAGUCAAAUCGAUCAUAAAAAAGGUUUUGGGGGCAAAUUUGGGAUUCAGACUGACAGAGUGGACAAAUCUGCUGCUAGUUUUGAGCCUCCUUCUAAAGUUGGCACUAAUUAUACCAAAGUUAAGCCUGAUAUUGGUGGAGCUAAGCCUUCUGAUUUGAGAGCCAAAUUUGAAACUAUGGCACAACAAAACAAGUCGGAUGUGCAAAUCCCAUAUUCGGCACCAAGGAAAAUUGUUCAUGCCAAAGCUGUUCUAUUUUCAAAUAACAACAAAGAAUCUACAGCAAUUGCGACUCCAGAUAAAGUUUCUACACCCAAACAAUUUGAUCAAUCGAAAACCUCAUUUUUGACCCAAACUGAAGAAGAAAAUAGAACUGUUGAAACUGAUAAAGUUUCAAAAACAGUUACUAAACUUGAUCAGUCCAAAACGGCAUUCUUGACCCAACAAAAGGAACAGCCUGAAAAAGUAAUUGCGGAGGAGAAAACUCCAGAACCAAAAAAUUUAAAUGAAUUGAAAAUUGCUCAAUUGACUCAGGAUGAAGAGACUGAAAACAAAAAACAAGAAAGCAUGAUGCAAGAAGAACUGGAAUUGUUAAGACAACUGCAACAGCAGAAACAAGAUGAUGACGAUGAAGAUUCAGAUGAACAGGUUUAUGAAAAUUUCGACACUUCUACUAUAAAAAGGGCUGGAGGCCAUCACAUAGACCAAGUGCCAGCUCCUAUUGUAGAAAACACACCUUGUGAAGAGACUGAUGAAUAUAGCCAAGAAGAAAUUGUUGAUACUGGUGUAACGGCGAUAGCUCUUUAUGAUUAUCAAGCUGCCGCAGAUGAUGAAAUAUCCUUUGAUCCUGAUGAUGUAAUUACACAUAUUGACAAGAUAGAUGAAGGUUGGUGGAGAGGUUUGUGCAAAGGACGAUAUGGGUUGUUUCCCGCAAACUAUGUACAGUGCGACGAUUAACUUUAAAUAUGCUACAAUGGCCUGCGUACUUACCUGCUUCCAAAUAUUUUUAAGAUGGAUUAUAUAUUUUUAAGACAUUGCUGUAUUAUUAUUUUUG